AUGGCUGCAGCCCUGCAGCCGCUGUACAGCCAUGGGCACAGGAUCCCGGGGCGGUUGUUGAUUGGGAAUGCUUCCCAGCCGCUGCUCCAGGCCCAGAACACGGACAUCACUGAGGACAAACUGGACAAGAAUCUGUGGCCCUUUUUGUCGGACCCGGUCCCUACCACCAGCUCCCAGGCUGCUGUCAGGCAUUGGCAGAAGAACAAGCCAGCGGCCGAGUACCGGACGGGCCCGCGCCUCAUCAUUUACGUGCUGGGUGGGGUGUCCAUGUCUGAGAUGCGCUGUGCCUACGAAGUGACCCCGGCCAUCAAGGGCAAGUGGGAGGUGGUGAUCGGUUCCAGUCACAUCCUGACCCCCAAGCGCUUCCUGGAUGACAUCCAAACCCUCAACCAGCUGGACCCCGAGGAGGCCUAGAAGCAGCCCCCUCCCCCCAGAGACUCUGCCCCCCACAGUUUGCUGCCCCCAGCUCCACCUGCUCUUCUCAACAAGGCAUCUUCCCCCCUA